AUGUCGAAACCAGAACUUAUAGUACCACUACCGGUAUCACCACUUGGAGAUCCAACGACGCAGUUAAUCAAGGAGUUGACCAAACAAAGAGGAUCCCUGAAAGAUUUUAAUCAAGUGCAAAAUAAGCUAGGUGAGGUUCUUCCUGAGUCUCAAAGUGAUGAGCAACUUGACGAGAGGGAAUCGUUUGAAUGUAAGUACUAUGGUAUAUUAGCGCAAGCAAAUUGCAUUUUAGACAUAGAUUGUGCUUCACCUAAUAUACAAAUCAGUGAAGACAGUUUGAGUGUGCAUCACGCAGAGACUUGUAAGUUUGGACCGUGUAGGAAGUGCAACGCUAAGCACAACACGAUCAUUCAUCGCGAGCAUAGCCGCAGCCCCAUUGAGGGACGGAGGUCGCUGCUGUCGGCGCACGAGCAAGGCGAGUGUAGUAGUGAUCCUUCUCAAUUAGUUCAACGCACACAAAUGCAAUCCUAUUCAUCGCAGAUGGUCGGGCCAGCCAUUCAAGGCGAUUUAUUUUCUAUUCUAUUGAGAUUUCGCGAAAAUACUUAUAUAGCCUGUGCCGACAUCGAGAAGAUGUAUAGGCAGGUGUUAGUCGUGGAAAAUCAACGCGACCUCCAGCUUAUAUUAUGGCGAAGCAAUCCAGAUGCACCCAUCGAGAGCUAUAGAUUGAACACGGUGACCUACGGGACUACGUCGGCGCCUUUUCUAAGCAUAACGAAACGUGGUAUAUUAUCGAUUAUAUCUCAAAUUUUUGAUCCCUUAGGCUUGUUAAGCGCGACUAUAAUAUCUGUUAAAAUUAUAUUACAAAAAUUAUGGUUGUUAAAGAUUGAUUGGGACACAGAGUUACCUCACGAUGUGUCAAAUGAAUUUAAUAAGUUUUUAAAUAGUCUCAAUGAACUUUGUAACAUACGUAUACCGCGCCAUACAUUUGCUAGGUCUCACAUUCGUUCAGAACUACACAUUUUUACUGAUGCCUCUCAAGUAGCUUACGGGGCAUGUGCGUACGUACGUACCUUUACGCAAGAAGGUGUUACAAUAAGGUUGUUAUGCGCUAAGGGCAAAGUAGCCCCCUUAAAAACUUUAACUGUUCCUAGGCUUGAGCUGUGCGGCGCUAUAACGGGAGCUAGGCUUGCUGUGAAGGAUUUUUCCCCACUCACUCCUGCCCAUUUCUUGGUUGGUCGUCCACUGACGUCGCCUGCUAGUGAAGACUAUGAGCAAGCUGCACUUCAGCGACUCACGCGGUACCAACGAGUUGAGCAAGUCCGACAACACUUUUGGACCCGCUGGACAAAAGAGUACGUUUCGGAGCUACAAGUGAGGACAAAGUGGAUGAAGAGUAGAGAUUCAUUAAAGGAAGGCACUCUUGUCCUUAUCAAAGAUGACAACAGCCCUCCGUUAAAGUGGAGCAUGGGCCGGAUCGUAUCUACGUUCCCUGGGAAGGAUGGAGUUUCUAGAGUUGCUGCCAAUAGAGUCGCAUCCGGCGCAAUUACACGGCGCGCCUUCUCUAAAAUUUGCCCGCUACCUCUGGAUGCAGCGGACAACGUAAACUCUUGGAAUUUGGAGCUUCCAAGGCCGGGGGCAUGUCAAGACGUAGAACGGAACGCCGCUUGA